UUUUGCACACAUCUCUCUCAAACACAGAAUAAGGUACUCAUUUUGAUCUUUAGUUGACAGAACACCACAACACACCUAAUGCAGAGCUGUUUUAUGUGUUUUUGAAAUGGCUGAAAGCAGUAUUUCAGUGGCUCAGGAUCAGUUCAACUGUCCGAUCUGUCUGGAUGUACUGAAGGAUCCAGUUACCAUUCCCUGUGGACACACAUACUGUAUGAGCUGCAUUACAGACUGCUGGAAUCAAGAUGAUGAGAAGAAAGUGUACAGCUGCCCUCAGUGCAGACAGACCUUCACUCCAAAACCUGCUUUAAAUAAGAAUUUAGUGUUUGCUGAGAUGGUGGAGAAACUGAAGAAGACAAAAGUUGAAACUGCUCGGGCUCUCAGUUACGCUGGACCUGGAGAUGUGGAGUGUGAUGUCUGUACUGGAAGAAAACGCAAAGCUGUCAAGUCCUGUCUUGUGUGUUUUGAAUCUUACUGUCAAACUCACUUUGAGCGUCAUGAGGAAUUUCACUCAAUUAGACGACACAAAGUGACCGAUGCUACUAGACGACUACGGCAGAUGAUCUGCUCUAAACAUGAUAAACAACUAGAAAUCUACUGUCGUACUGAUUGGAAAUGCAUCUGUUAUCUGUGUACAAUGGAUGAACAUAUAAAGCAUGACACUGUAGCAGCUGUAGUCGAGAGGACAGAAAAACAGAAACAGUUGGAAAACACACUGAAAAAAUUCCAGCAGAAAAUCCAAGACAGAGAGAAAGAGGUUCUGAAGCUUAAAGAAGCAGUGAAAACACAUAAGAACUCUGCACAGGCAGCAGUGGAGGACAGUGAAAGGAUCUUUACUGAACUGAUCCGCUCCAUUGAGGCAAGACGCUCUGAGGUGACACAGAUGAUCAGAGAUCAGGAAAAGGCUGAAGUGAGUCGAGCUGAAGGACUCUUGAAGGAACUUGAGCAGGAGAUUGAGGAUCUGAAGAGGAGAGAUGCUGAGCUGCAGCAGCUUUCACAAACAGAUGAUCACAUCCAUUUCCUACAGAGUUUUCAGUCUCUCUCCACCUUACCUGGAUCUACAGAGGGAGUCACUGUCAGUUCUCUCCUGUCUUUUGGUAAUGUGAGAAAUUCUGUCUCUCAACUGAGAGAAAAACUAGAGAAAUUCUGCAAAGAGGAGACUAAAAAGAUAUCUGAUACAGUAACAAGCAUCAACAUUAUUCCCCUUUAUGAGCACAAGCCAGUUCACAAGGAUUUCAUAAAAUAUUCCUGUCAACUCAGUUUGGAUGUGAACACAGUGAAUAAAAAUGUCCAGCUGUCUGAGGGGGAUAGAGUGGCUACUUGCAGUGAAACUGUUCAGCCGUAUCCUGAUCAUCCAGACAGAUUUAAUGAACUGCAUGAGGUGUUGUGUAGAGAGAGUGUGAAUGGACGCUGUUACUGGGAGGUGGAGUGGAGUGGAACUGCUGGGGUAGGAAUAUCAGUGUCAUACAAGAGCAUCAAGAGGCAGGGAAAGACAAAUGAGUGUGAAUUUGGACUGAAUGAUCAAUCCUGGAGAUUGUCCUGCUCUCCCUCCAGUUUUUCAUUCUGGCACAAAAGCAUAGAGACUAAACUUUUUCCAGUCUCCAGAUCCUACAAAAUAGGAGUGUAUGUGGAUUACAAAGCAAGAAUUCUGUGCUUCUACAGCAUCUCUGGCACAAUGACCCUCAUCCACAGAGUCCAGACAACCUUCACGCAACCACUCUAUCCUGGGUUUUUGUUAAAUAAGGGCUCAUCAGUAAAAAAACUGGAGGAUUUCUGCAGAGAGGACACUGAAAAAAUAUUUGACAGAGGUACAACAACACGCUGGGAGUUUAAAUGGAGUGGUACUAACAGUGUGGGUAUAUCAGUGUCAUAUAAGAGCAUUAAGAGGUGGGGAGAUAAAAAUGAGUGUGGAUUUGGACUGAAUGAUCAGUCCUGGAAAUUGUCCUGCACUCAAUCUGGUUACUCAUUCUGGCACAAUAACAAACAUACUAAACUCUCUGUGGUCUCCAGCUCCUGUAGAAUAGGAGUGUACAUGGAUCACAGAGCAGGAAUUCUGUGCUUCUACAGCGUCUCUGACACAAUGACCCUCAUCCACAGAGUCCAGACUACAUUUACUCAACCCCUCUAUCCUGGGUUUUGGUUAAAUCUAGGCUCAUCAGUGAAACGUAAUCAUUUGACAAAAUAG